GGGAAUUCGCGUAGUGCAGCCGAGCUGACUUGUGCGUGUAUUCUAUCGUUAGCAAGAAAUGUACCACAGGCAGCCGCAUCGAUGAAAGCUGGCAAAUGGGCACGUAAAGAGUAUAUGGGCGAAGAGGUGUACGGUAAGACGUUGGCCAUCAUAGGUUUGGGUCGUAUCGGUAGUGAGGUUGCUAGCCGAAUGCAAUCGUUCGGCAUGACAACCAUUGGAUACGACCCCAUUGUCUCAGCCGAGGAACCACCAAGUUUCGGUGCUCUCAUAGAGCAUCCAAAAAUAAUUUGCACACCACAUCUGGGUGCGAGUACAAUUGAAGCGCAAGAAAGGGUGGCCAGUGAAAUUGCUGAGAAUAUCAUCGCUUUGAAUAAUGGCAGUGGAUUGUAUGGAGCGUUGAAUGCGGCAGCACUGAACGCCGUAUUGGACGAGGCUAAAGCGCAGUGGGUACGUGCGGCGAAUGCUUUAGCUCACAUUCUUUCUGUGAUAGCUGAUUCGCCGAAAUCGAUCACUUUACGAUAUCCGAAGGCUGCUAGUGGAUUGAAUAAAGGACUUAUGGCCGGUGCAAUAGUGGGAUUACUUCAAGGGUGCGGUAAUGCGGGUAUGAAUCUGAUUAAUGCCGAAAUGAAUGCGAAAAAAGAAGGAAUUCAAGUGAAUGUCGAGCCGAGUACGGAGAAUGAGUUGGUUGUUUGUGCUGGUGCUACGAGCGUUAGUGGUUAUCCAUCACCGGCUGGCACUAUCGUGUCGGCAUUCAACGCCUCUCGAAUGCCAGUACCGUUGAUUGCUGUGGGAACGUUGGCGAUCAAUCUGAAGGAAACUCGCGUUGUGAGGGAACUUCCAGAUUCGCUGAAGGCAAAACUAUCUGUUGAUUACGGUCUUGUUGGUGGAGGCUGUGUAGCGUUGUUUGGGUCGCUAAGCGCCGAUGAAGUCGAGCAGCUUUCAGUGCUGUUUGAUGUGGUUCAGUUUUGA